CUCCCAGCAGUCAAAGUCAGUCAGUCAUUUGCCUGCAACGUUAUUUCCUGCAACGAUGUGACCUGAGAUGUGAUGCGCGUUAGAAAACGACAGAAGUUCGCGUUAAUAGCGUUUGAAUUGAACAAGGGGGCAUGAAAUAAGGAAAGAUGAGAGACAGGCUGGUUGAACUGGGAGGUGUUCCCACCAAAGACCACAGAGAGGAAGACCAAGUAGAUAGCGGAGAGGAUGUGGACAGUGGUGAAUUUGAACAGCAUGCGGUGGUGUUCGAGGGUGAGGACAUCAUGGAGGGCACCUUCAGAGAAGUCCAAUCCGUCCAGAAAGAAAUCGCCCAACUCCGAAUGGAGGUGAAGAGACUGGGCAAGCAGAACACGCGCUUUCUCACCUCCGUCAGACGCAUUAGCAGCAUCAAACGCGACUCGAACACGAUCGCACGCAACAUCAAAACUAAAGGGGAGAACCUGUAUGCUCGGAUACAGAAGAUGGAUGCACUUUGUAAAGAUUUGGAGGAGAAACACGGAGCUCAUUCGGCUUUGGCGCGCAUGGUACGCGGCCAGUUCGUCUCUAUAACGGGUUCUUUUCACGAGGCCAUGAAUGAAUACAACAGUGCCGAAAUGGCGCAGAGGGACAACUGCAAGUCUCGCAUCCAAAGGCAAGUGAAGAUCAUGGGUAAAGAAGUGACUGGAGAUCAAAUCGAAGAAAUGAUCGAGACAGGCAAGUGGAAUGUGUUUUCUGACGACUUGCUCACAGACGGGCGAACCGCUCGCUCAGCGCUCACUGAGAUCGAGAAUCGCCAUAAGGAGCUUUUGGAGUUAGAGAGUCGCAUCAGAGACAUCCAUGAUCUGUUUUUCCAGCUGGCUUUGCUGGUGGAGGAACAAGGGCCCAUGGUGGACAACAUUGAGGCCAAUGUAUAUGCCACCCAAGACUUUGUGGCCAAAGCCACAACUCAGAUAAAGAAGGCUGUCAAAUAUAAGAAGAAAAACCCUUGUCGACAGCUCUUCUGUUGCUGUUUUCCAUGUUGCAAUAAAUGAUCUCAGUGUUGCCGCCUUCCAUUUCACAUAAGCCAUACCUUAUUAAACGAACAACAGUCUUGCAUGCUAGUGUUAACCAUGUCAUGUGAUUUGCUCUGAAGAGACCAACCAAUGCCUAGUGCCUGUGCUUGAUGGUUGUCAUUGCGAAAAACGUUGUGUCUUGUAAACCACAGGAGCUGCAAUGCAAGUGAGCUGAAGUGAUACUGCAAUCUCACUGCUAAACUUCUGUGAGAGUCGCAGGACAUUUACUUGAUGUGUAAAAGAUAUUAAAAAGGAAACCGCAAGUAAAAAGUGUUUUACGCCCAUGUACAGUGCACAAGCAAAUAUUAUACAGAAACAUGUUUUACUGAUGAAUCUACUGCUUUAAGGUACAUUUGUGUAUGUGUAUGUAUGGUUUGUUGCAUUAAUUUAAUAUUUUUAUCUUUUAAUGCAUUUACGUUUGUUUGAUCACCAUAUUGUGCUUCUCAUAGGAAAUUUGUGAAAUACAUAGUAUUGCAUCAGUGAAGGUUUCCCAAGUUUGAAAGUUACUUCUGCUAUAUAACUUGCAAAAGCCAUUGUGUAAAAGUGUUUGUUGGUUUGAAUAUAAAAC